UCUCCAUAUUACAAAUUCAUAACUCUUAAUUACAUUACAUGAUACAACAUUAUUCAUUCAUGAAGAGCUAAAUCAUGAGUCGCAUCGUCCUUUCUCUGUCUUUGAUUUUUCUAAUUAAUCUCUUUUUGCAUUCAUUAUCAACCUCAGCUCAAGAAGCUGAGGAUGAGAGAGAGUUUGAUUACAUAGAAGGAAGCAAGAAGGGCCCAAGAAGUUGGGGAAACAUAAAGGAAGAGUGGGGAGCGUGUAAUAAUGGAAAUAUGCAAUCACCCAUUGACCUAUCCAAAUCACAUGCCGCUGGUGCUGGAUCAUCAACUCAGUUACUGCUCAUCAACAUCACCUACAACCCCACUAAUGGCAUCCUCAAGAAUAGAGGCCAUGAUAUUACCAUUCAAUGGGAGGGCACUGCAGGAUUACUGCACAUCAAUGGCUCCAAAUACUCUCUCAAACAGUCCCACUGGCACUCUCCUUCAGAGCACACUCUCGAUGGCAUUAGGUAUGUCAUGGAACUCCAUAUGGUCUAUGCCAGCUCGGACUUCAACGUCAAAAACAAGUAUGCCGUCGUUGGAGUUCUCUACCGGUUUGGUCAGCCCGAUGAUUUCCUUUCCAAGUUGACCCAAGAUAUAGCAUCAAUGAAUGAUACAUUGGAACAGAGAAACGUUGGCUUACUAAAUCCAGCCGACACCAAGAUUGAUGGGAGAAGAUAUUACAACUACGUUGGCUCGCUUACUGUUCCUCCUUGCACACAAGAUGUUCUUUGGAUUGUCGUUGAGAAGGUAAAAACUGUCUCAAGUGAACAAGUGGAUUUACUGCGACAGGCGGUCCAUGAUCAUUCUACUUUGAACGCAAGGCCUGUCCAACCCCGAAAUCGUCGUGAGAUCCACUACCAUGGGCCGAAGCCCAAUGGACCUUAUUAACUUUUGAAUUUCAAUGAUGAGUUUUCCGUGUGUUGGUUUCAACAUUCAAAUUUAAAUAAAAGUAAGUAAUCAAAAUAAAUAAAUAAACAGAAGUAAUAAUUCCACUUUAGCGUGAAUGAUGAAUCUUUCAAGAUGGAUUGUGCCUCGAUUCGCGCAAACAUUACUUUCUACUUGUAACCGCUUCAAAUUAUGUUCUCAGAAAAAGGAGUAAAUAAUUAUUGUUAUGAAAUUAACUGAAUUGUAUGGGACAUGAUGGAAGCCCAAAUUGAUUUCAUGGAAUGACCAAGGCUGCACAUGGGAUUCCUAAGCUUGCGCAUAA